AUGGCGUCGAAGAUGAAGCUGCAGAGGCGUCGUCUAUCGUGGGGUGCGCUGAGACGCGUGAUGUUGCUGUUGGGUGUUUCUUUGCUUUGUUCGUUCGUUCUGACGCCUCUUGCUGCUUAUUCAGGAGAUUUCUCUGUUUCUCCUGGAGGGACUGAGCCCGAUCAGGUUUCAUCUUACUCGCGAGCAGUAGGAGAUGUAGGAGCGGAUAUAGGCUCAGACGGGGGUAUGUCUGUAGCUUCUGUUACUUCGGGAGAAGAGGUAGCAGUAGAGGAUGUAGCAGCAGCAGAAGAAGCAGCAGCAGCAGCAGCAGAGGAGGAGGCAGGAGCAGAAGAUGAUCAACCCACCUUGAAGACUCCUUCAUCUUCUCCUCGUCGUUCAAAAUUACCCAAGUCAGCGUUUGCUGUGAGUGUUCUUACAGCUUCUAUUGGUGCUGCUGUCUUUGCAUCUCUUCUUCUUCGAAGAGAGAUUCAAAAGCAAGAGCAGGAGGUUGUGAAGCUGCAGAAUUUGCAGCCCCAGAUGGAGCGGCUUGCUGAUCUUGUAGGAAGCGACAAGGCAGUACAGCUUGGGACGAAGUAUAAAGAGUUAAUAUCUUCAUUAUCUGAAUGUAUGGAUAGGAUUUCAGCAGAAAGAAACCCUGUGCAGCUACGCGCUUUGUGGAGGCAGUUAGAAGAGGGUGUUGAGGCUGCUGUACAGACAGUAGGAGAUCUACAGCGUGAAGCAGAUCGCGUAUCUGUUUCGUUUGAAGAACUACCUGUUCUAGAUACAGAGCCCUGGAUUGCUCUACAGCCAGCGUUCUCUACUCUUGGAGUAAGAGACUUCACAGAAGGUAUACUUGGGCUACAGAAGUUCGCAAAAGAUUUGCAUGCAAGCAGUGCUCAAAGAGCAGGAGCUAGAAGAGAGGCAAUCCGGUCGCUGCCAGCCGUUACUAGCAUUGAAGACAGCUGGGUAGUGCAGCAACUAAUAGAAGAAAUGCUGCAUCUUCAGACAGAUUUCGAUGAAGCAGAGCAGUGCGUAGAGCUCUGGGAGUCUGCAUUGGGGCUAGCAGAAUCCGCAGUGAGAGAUAAAGUAGUAAACACGACUGCGGUGUCUGUACAGCAGCUCAAGUGCGAAAUAGAUUUACUUUCAAGUUUCUGCUUUCUUGUUAAAGAAGCUAUGGAUAAUGCAUCUCCUAAGACACGAGCUUCUCUGUCUAAAUUAUUAGAUAGCAAGAAGCAGAUGUCCAGAAAAUUUGAGGAGCUUGUUGCUGUUCAAGCUGAGAUGGCGUACGUAGAAGAUGUUGCAGAUGUAUUGAUGCUGGAGGCUAAAGCAAGUGCUGCUUCUUCUUUUAUACGCAAGACAGCAGAGCAUAUGAUGAUGCAACUAAAGGCUGUAGAGCAUCUACUCGGGCCCUGCGAGACUGGGAAGCAGCAAGCUGUACAGUUUUUACAGCAGAAAGGAAGUGAAGCUGUGCAAGCAAUUGAAAGAGCAAGAAAGGAGUUAGAAGCAGGUACUAGACGAAUGCAAGCAGACUUUACUGAGCUUGUUGCAGGGCUUCCUGCUUCUGUAGAUGAUAUAUUAGGUGAGAGGAUAGCGGUUGGGCUAAUGGAUGAGGUUGCAGAGCUGCUGCUGCUGACAGAGAAUGUUCAAAGUGCAAGCAAGACGGAGCUGGAGGCAUUGCUUCGUUCAAAGUCUCAAAGAACAGCAAAUAGAUUUGCUAGAGAUAUAUUCUAUGGUCUUUCAAAGGCAACUCAAAGCCUCGGGAGCUUCUCUGUAUUGAAGCAUCGCUUUGCUUUAUAUAGAACUGUUGAAGCUGAGACUGUUAUGAGUGCAGAUGCAGCAUUUGCUGCUCGUCAAUUCUUCUUCGCUCCUCAAGAAAGGGAGCUUGUACAGCAGAAGCUUUCUCUCUUUGGACAGCAAGCAAAGAGAGCAAGAGAGUCUGAACGAAUAGCAGACUUCGUUAAGAUUGCAGCAGAUCUGCACGGCGUAGCGCAUCAACUACAGCAUCACCUUCUUGAUGCAAGGUACUUGAAGGAGAACGUAGCAGGAGAAGCAGCUUCAGCAGCAGCAGAUGCUUUAGCAGCAGCAGCUGCUGCUGCUAAAUCUGCGGGGAGCACUCAGACUGCAGAUGAUACUGAUGCUGCUGCCGAUGAUAAAGCUGCUGACGAUGUUGAUGUUGUUGCAGCUAUUGACGCUGCUGAAGCUGCUGAAGCUGCUGCAGCUGCUGCUGCUGAAAUUGCUGCUGCUGCUGAAGUUGCUGCUGCUGCUGAUGCUGCUGCUGCUGCUGCUGCUUCCCAAGAAACUCAGGAUGAUGAUGAAACAGCUCCACCGCAGCUGCAAGAAGCAGAGGCUAACGAAGAAGAAGAAGAAGAAGA